AUGGCGCUCCUCGGGGUGAGGUUCACCUUCCAGAAGCGGGUGCAGUUAGCCCAGACGCUCUGGGCGCUGAGCGGGUUCUGCGCGCUGGCCGGCGUCGCCACCUUCGGCCUGGGCGUCUACCUGAAGUGCGAGCUGAGGAGGCACGGCGAGGCGAUGGACAACGCGGAUGUCCACCUGGUCCCCCACGCCCUCAUCGCGGCCGGCGCCCUCUCCGCCCUGUCCAACCUGGCCGGCGCCAAGCUCUGCCGGGACUCCAUGGACCCCGAGCGCCUUCCUCGCUGGAAGUCGCUGGCGGGCCCCUACCUGUUCCUCUCUUCCCUCCUGUCCUGCCUCCUGCUCGCCUCCUCGCUCCUCAGCUACCUCAUGCGGGGCAGCCUGGACGCCUCGCUGAGGGCCGGCCUCCGCGACAGCAUCCGGUUCUACAAGGACACGGACACGCCGGGCAGGUGCUUCCGAAAGCGGACCGUGGACCUACUGCAGAUGGAGUUCCGCUGCUGCGGCAACAGCGGCUACCGGGACUGGUUCGAGGUGCAGUGGGUCAGCAAUCGCUACCUUGACUUCAGCAGCAGAGAGGUCAGAGACCGCGUCAGGAGCAACGUGGACGGCCGCUACCUGAUUGAUGGCGUACCGUUCAGCUGCUGCAACCCGGACUCCCCGCGGCCCUGCAUCCAGCUGCACCUUGCCAACAGCUCGGCGCACUUCAGCUAUGACGUGAACAGCGAGGAGCUCAACAUCUGGAAGCGCGGCUGCCGCGAGGCGCUGCUCAACCACUACACCAGCACCAUGGCCAGCAUCGGCACCGCCGUCCUCCUCUGCUACAUCGUCCAGCUGGGCGUGCUAAUCGGACUGCGUUACCUGAGCGUCUCGUCCCUGGCCGCGGUCGGGCAGCCGGAACCGGAGGCGGAUACGGAGGGAUACCUGCUGGAGAAGGGUCUGCUGGAGACGGUGUGUGCUGCCGCCAAGGCUGUCAGCAGCGCGUUCUCGUCCGGCCAGGUGCAGACCGAGCCGGCGCCGGCUGAGGAGAAAGUGGCGGAUAAAUAG